AGAAUUCGAAGCGUCAGAAAACUGGCAAUUGGCAAGGAAAAAGAUGAAGUCGCACAACAUAGACAGAGACUAAAAUCCAAGUCGAGCGACUGAUGCCGCGAAUGUUUGGGUCGUGUGCUCGUUAGCCGAUCACCAUCUUGGCAUUGACUGGCUCUACCGUAUCGAGCCGAAUAGAACUGUUCAUGCGUCGUUCUUGCAGGCGAUGUUCCUCAAACGAUGCUCAAACUCAUCCUCUGUCUCUCUCCCAUUUCAUCGUGGAUCACAAAGGGGAGAAGGAACGUGGAACAUAGAAGCAAAAACGUGAGACGACAUUUAAAUAACGAAAAAAAACCCACCAAGAAUAAUUCAUUAGGCAGCCCACCAGACGGGAGACGAUCGAUGGGUUGUGUCCAGACCAAGCCGUCCCAGAACUCGCCGCCCAAAGGGUUGGAGAAGCUGAAGCAGCAGAAUGGGUACGUCCCGAGCGGCGGAGGGAGCACCAGCCACCGGUGGUCGACCAGCCAGAGGUAUUCACAAGAAAGCCAAGGUGGGCCACGCAGGCCCGAGUCCAGGAAAAGCCACAGCGGGCGCUUAUCGAGUGAUGUUCGCAGUGGUGGGAGUGAUGGCCAUGGUGGCAGUGGGGGCGGCGGAGAUGUGAAGUUUGGGAGCGGGAAUGGGAGUGGUGGGACUAGAGGUAAGUUGGAGAAGGAUGGUGCAUUGAUGAGGAAGGGUGAAGGGUCAGGAGAUGAUCAAGUUGAGCUUGUGGACGGUUGGCCCAAAUGGCUCAUUGAUAAUGUUCCGAAACGUGCUUUGAGAGGUUUGGUCCCGAGGAGCGCCGACUCCUACGACAAGAUCGAUAAGGUAGGCCAAGGGACUUACAGUAAUGUCUACAAAGCAUGGGACAGGGACACCGGUAAACUUGUUGCCCUGAAGAAGGUUCGGUUCGACACAUCAGAACCAGAGAGCAUAAAAUUCAUGGCGCGGGAGAUCAUGAUCCUGAGAGAGUUGGACCAUCCCAAUGUAGUAAAGCUCGAAGGGCUGGCGACAUCGAGAAUGCAGUUCAGCCUCUAUCUAGUCUUUGAUUUCAUGGUGUCAGACUUGCAAAGGAUCAUCACUCGUCCAGAGGGAGGACUAACCGAACCACAGGUCAAGUGCUACAUGCAUCAGCUUCUUUCAGGGCUGCAACACUGCCACGACAAAGGGAUUCUGCACCGCGACAUAAAGGGUUCAAACCUGCUGAUAGACAAAACAGGCAUGCUAAAGAUUGCAGAUUUUGGGCUUGCGAAUUAUUACAGACCUCGAGAUAGGCGUCCUCUAACGAACCGGGUGGUGACCCUUUGGUAUAGAGCUCCUGAACUACUGUUAGGUGCAACCGACUAUGGAGUCAGUAUCGAUCUUUGGAGUGCCGGAUGCCUCCUGGCUGAAAUGUUCGCAGGACACCCAAUAAUGCCAGGCCGGAAUGAGGUAGAGCAACUCCACAAGAUUUUCAAACUCUGCGGAACGCCACCAGAGGAUUACUGGAAGAAGAUGAAGCUACCCUCGACCUUCAGACCAAGGCAGUUGUACAAGUCGAAUCUCACAGAGAUCUUCAGGGAAUUCCCCGACUCCUCAGUUGGUCUUCUUAGUUCUCUUCUCUCUUUGGACCCUGCAUCUCGUGGCAGCGCGUCUUUAGCCUUACAACAUGAAUUCUUCUACACAAGCCCGUUAGCGUGCGACCUUUCUGGUCUUCCUAUAAUCUACCAGGAGAAGGAUGAAUUUAUUAAGAUCUACGAACGGAAAAUGCGCCGGAAGGCUAAAAGACAGACUCGAUCACAGCGCGAACGGAGGAGGAAAGACUCUCCCGCCGUGAAUGAAACUGGGAAUGGUGAAUCAACCAAAGAGGAGCAAGAGCAGAGGCAACAGGAGCAAAUUGAUAACCAAAAGCGGGAGCCCUGGAGCAGCACAAGUAGCAGCUCAUCCGGGCUAAAGGACGCCCAACCCGAGCAAAGUGCGCCAACUGUCUUGCUAUAUCCAGGCCUCGUUAAUCAAUCUUUCAAGAAGUCUCCGGAAAUAGACUUGAGCCCCGAUGCUGGCGAAAACGGAGACCUUCCUCAACAGCCCGUACUGAAACCACGCAUCUCGGAUUACAGAAGAGAGAAAGAUGGCAUGUACAGGUCGAAUCAGGUCGGUAGGUCUACUUCGUCGAGGGAAUUUAGAAGUACAAACAAUCAAAGGAAAAACUUGGGGUGGUUUGCCGUCGAGGAUUAGGACUGGCUUACAAGGUACUCAAAUGAGAUUCUUUUCUUGCCAUAGUAUUGGUCUAUACUUGCUUCUUGUAAGUGGAUUUUGUUAACCAUAGAAGGUACAUAUACGAAAUUGAAACUCAGCUGCAUAUUAUGCUGAGUACUGCAUAAUGGAAUUGCGCCUGAUUUUAGGAAUCUCGUUUGGAAUGGAGUCCUUCGAACCUGGUCGUAUUCGAAGUCUAUAAGCUCUUGAUCGGCUAAUCAAUGUAACCGAGACCAGUGCCAUUUGGUGCGGUUUGUGCAAACAAACGCGUCAAGCCUUUGAGCAAUCACUACAUUAGUUCUCCGAAUUCAAGUUCUCAAGCAGUAGGCUCAGUAGGCUCGGGCACAACAUCUUGCCAACUGACAGAAAAUUUGACUUUCUGCUGAUUACAUAUUCUUGACAUACUCAUAAACAGCUGAGGCAAUUUAUUGGACACUGUCACAGUCUAUAAACAAGCAAGCAAAAGGAG